AUGUCGCCCAAUUUGCAUCCCACUGUGCCCAUGGCCGUGACUGACAAGACAUCGGAAGAGGAUAAACUGAAUGACGCCCCACAGGAGGCGGAGAUGGAAACCUUUCCAGCGGCUGGUAUAGCUGCCGCCGUUGUAUUUGGACUGUUCCUAUUGUUGGCUGUGGCAUUUCUACUUUACAAAGUUUAUCGUAGAAAAUGUAGCAGUCAGUCGAAAUAUGAAAGAAUUGGCAAAGACUCCAAGCUACCAACACCUAUGUUGAAAAUAGAAGGAAAGGGACCUAUCCAGCCAAAACUUGAUCUUAAGUCUGUACCAUUUGCAGUACCUCAGUCUACUCCCACCCGGGAGGAUUUCCGCAUGUCGACGUUAUCAAAUCAGGAAAGACGCGACAGCCUUGGGUCAGCUCCGAUCACCAGUAACCUGAAUGGCAGUAUAGUAGCCAGUGACUCCGAGUCAAACUCUCCCGUAGCAACCCCAUCACGACGGUCUUCCGUAACAGAAAUUCCAGGUGCCUAUGUUCUGGGUGAAAUUAACCCAGAUUUGUACAAAAUUCAUGACGACGAUGAUGAUGUGGAUACAUACUACCCAGAGGAUCACAUGGGAAGAAUUUGGUUUGCCGUCGAAUAUGAGCAUGAAUCCGAAAGACUUGUUGUUACACUCGUUAAAGCUCGGAAUCUACCGAGCAGGGUACUCGGGAGUGUCAAUCAGUGCGAUCCUUUAGUGAAGAUAUUCCUACUGCCGGACGAGAGACGCCACCUACAGUCGAAGUUAAGAAGGAAGACCACAAACCCAAAGUUCGAUGAGAGUUUUGUAUUUCAGGUGACGUAUAAAGCCUUGCUUCAGAGGACACUCCGGCUCACUCUUUGUGACGUGGAUAGAUCGAAGAGACACAGGGUGCUCGGACAUGUUUUACUCCCACUGAGAGACGUCGAUUUUGACAACAAUGAGAAGGUGAUCAUGUGGCGAGAUCUUGAGAAGGACGUCACAGAGACAGUAUCGGAGAAAGGCGACAUCCAAUUUUCUCUAAGCUACAACGAGGAUUUGGAUCGACUUACAGUAACAAUAAUUAAUGCUAAGGGACUCCCAAAGCUUGACAACAAUCCAUUUGUAGAUUCUUAUGUCAAGAUUUGUCUAUUACAUGUGAGCAAAGUAAUUAAAACAAAGAAGACGUCAAUAAUAAAGCGAUCGUGUGACCCUGCCUUCAACGAGUCUUUUAUACUCAAAGUAUCAUCGGAGCAAAUGGACACUACUAGUCUAAGCAUUGCCGUGAUGAAACAUGCACCUGGUGUCAAAGGCGACAAGCAGAUUGGACGUGUAGUUGUUGGUCCAUUUAUGUACGCCCGUGGAAAAGAACUUGAACAUUGGAACGAUAUGCUGUCGGCCCAGAAAGAACAAGUAACACACUGGCAUUCGUUGACAUAA